UGUGGCUUAAAGAGGAAGUGUUUCUUUACUGUAAUGCAUUUAGAAAGAGAGGGAAAGGAAAACAAAACUAAGAAAUAGUGUAAGCUGCAAAGGGACAAGAAGAUAGAGAGAUAAGAUAUAGAGAAAUACAGCUAGGGUGGACAGCCGUUUACUACUAGUUAGUUGUAUUCCCCAGCCGGAUCUCUCUGUCGCGAAUAGCCUGGGGACGAGGUUACCUACCAGUAUGUGAGGGGUGGUCUACUGAGUGUGUCUGUGUUCAGGACAGUACCUGUUUGUGUAGACAAGAUGGGCAUUAAUGGGCGACUGCAACGCUACCUGCUGCCAGCCUCCAUCAUGGCUCUGCUGCUCUUCCUCAGUUCUUUCUGGCUCCCUCAGAUUGCAAUGCGUGAUUGUGAGACCUCCUGGCACCCCUGUCUGAGUUUCAAUUUCUACCUUCCAACACUGGAGAGCCCUGUUAUUCCUCAUCCAGGAGGGGUGCAGAGUGGGGGACAGCCGGGUGAGAGGGGUGUAGUGUUGGGUUAUGUGCCCCCUCUCCAGGUGUGUCAAGGUCAACAAUUCCAGGUGUGGCGUCUCAUGUCCCACCUGACCUCUUCCAUGGCUACGCACUCUGAUGAUGUUCUGCUGGAGCACUACCUCUACAGCUGGGACGAACUCAUCAAGUUUAUGGAAUCUCUCGGACCUCUGGUCAGUUUUUUCUCUCAGAAGGUCAAAGAUAAGAUCGCUGUCAUCAGAGAGCUGGCCCAGCAGGAGAAAGAGGCCCUUGAGAAACGAAGUCCAGUAGAAGGACACUCUGGACUACAAACUCGCACAUCAGGACUACAAGGCCCAGCGGCCUACAGUUCAGUGCGUUCCAUGGUGGAGUCGGAGCUGCAAAGGGGCUUGGUGAACUUCAGUGUGCGGACGCGCUCCGGCUGCAGAAAUCUGCUGCGGCUCCACCGUUCGCUGCUCUGGAUCCUGCUGCUACUGCAGGGCCUGGGGGAGGGACCGGACGCACAGGGGGUUUACCGCACCCCUGGUGAGCUCUGCAGGGAUGCGUACACCGUGGCCCUGGCCCCCCAUCACCCCUGGUUGAUCCGCAGUGCGGCUGAGCUGGUGUUUGUAGCUCUGCCAGACAGAAGAGUGUUCCUGGAUAUAGUUUGUGUGAGAAAAGAGGAGGAGGUUGGGCCGGUGCUCAACAUUGUUGUAGACGUUAUGAGAGAGGUAUACACACGCACACAGAGCAUACUGGAAGAACACAACAUGAUAGAGCUGCCAUAGAAAGACACAGACAGACACAGACAGGCAGACAGGCAGACAGACAGACAGGUAUGCCAGCACACAUAGCCUGCACAGACUAUAAAGACACGUGAUAGAAAGACUAGAAACACACAGCAACUCAGUUAGUUAGGCCUACCGUAUAAGCCUGUUAACAACUGUAUAUGUAGAAAAGCCCUUGGAAUAGCCCGUGGAAUACUUGCUUUGUGUCAGUGAAAGGAGUGAAUAAACAUGUUAUUUAUUCACAUGUCUGUAGUUGUUCUUCUGUGUGUGUGUGUCUACUGCUGUAAAUCACAGAAGUAGAAUUAAGUACCUGGAUCACCAGGCGGGCACUCUGUCCUUCUACAGUGUCUCUGACACAAUGACCCUCCUCCACAGUGUCCAGACCAGAUUCACGCAGCCCCUCUAUCUUGGGUUCUGGCUUCAUUGCUUUAAGACCACAGCUGAGUUAUGUGAGUUAGACUAGAGUCCUAUGUCAGUGAUGCUUUACCCUACUAUUCAGUGAGUUGUUUAUUUCCUUCUUCUGUGACUCCCAGAGGAUUGACUCUCACAGACUGAGCUCUCUGUAGUCUAGAUAGAAUUUGAGGUUAUGGUUUACCGUGCCUCACUAUUCUGUGAGGUUUUCCUUUUCUUUGAAUAGCAGAGGAUUGACUUUCACAGAUUCAGUUAUUUCUAGAAUUCAAAGUUAUUUUCCCCAAAUCCUAUGAUGUUGAAAAUGAAUCUGUAACUCCGGUGAGACUUUAUCUCUGAAGGCAGCAUGUGAUAGGCCAUACAUUGUUUUCAGAAUAAUUUCUUAACCCGUUCUUUCCCUUUGUAAUCGUGUACUCUUUUUCAGAGGUAGCCAUUUGUUAUGUAGGCUACAGUGCAUAUGUUGCUGUAUAUUCUAUGUGUAUUUAUCCUAGAUCUCUCACAUGCUUGAUGUUACAGGUCCCCUCGGUCCAUAUUAUACCAAUAGUUUUUCAAUCAAAUGAAGUAAGUAGUUUACUGUGCCCUUAUUUACAGUGUUCACUCAAUAUUGACAAUGCUGAAGCAAAUGCAAACUGAUAAAUAAACAGCGUGUUUGUUGAG